UCAGGAGUGCCGGGGCUGGUUCAUCCAACUCCCUGCCUUGCAGUUUCCUCCCAAAACAGUUCAACUCCAGACCAUGAGAAUUAUUUGCUGUUCUCUUUCCUGAGGGGGUGUUCAUGUUCUUAGAGAUGGAAAGCUUUACAGAAAAGGGAACAACUAGAAAAAUGACAGGGGAUGUACACCACUGGAAGGAUACUGGAAGAGAACAAUGCAUUGGAUUUUAUGCUGUUUUGUGGUAGUAGGUGCUGAACCAGUUUAACAUGACUCACAGAUCACAAGCGUCAAAGAGCAGAACUGAUCACCAUUUGAGCAUAAAGGACUCGGAGUCCCUUGACACCUACAUUCAGAACACUCUUUCGGCUCUCUACCCACCAUUCGAAGCUACUGCAGCCACUGUGCUGUGGCAGCUGUUCCACUUGGUGGAGAGGUCAUAUCGAGGGGACGGGCUCCGCUGUCUGAUUGACUUCCUCGUUCCCGCCAAGAGAAUCCUGCAGUGCAUUCAACAGGAGACAUGUGCCAAAUACGCAGGGCUCAUCUUCCGUCAUGAAGGCUGGCCUCUCUGUGUCCAUGAGAAGGUGGUGGUGCAGUUAGCAUCGUUGCACAGGGUUCCUCUCAAGUCUGGAGAUUUUUACAUCCAGGUUGUACCUCAGGGGAAUCAAUCUGUAAGAUUAGUGCUAAAAUGUCUUUCCGGAAAUGGACACUCCUUAGAAGAAAUUCCUGUCCCGGAGUGUGUCUACCCAAACAUCUUCACCAUGGAGUUCCUAGAAAGUGUGAACCAUGAGAGGAACUGCUCCCUGCAUAGUUGUCUUCUAACAAGUGGCACGGCUGUUUUGAGAGUACAUUGGAAGAACAUAAUUAACCCUGCAUUUGUUACCAAGCCAAAAACCAUACUCACCCAUUCCUACUACAGUUCAGUUCACCAUGACCAUUUGAUAGAUACUAGUGUCACCAGGGAAACAAUGCCUCAAAAAACAGAAAACAGCAAAUCACCAGACCAUUACCCAACUGGCGAUACAAUGCUUUCAUCUGAGACACCAACAAUUUCGGAAGAUAAAACUAACAGUGGGACUCCUUUAUCAGGGAGCAUGCAGUCUUUGAAAAGCAAUGUCAAACAGGGUUCUUCCAAAGAGUUUAAUGAAGGAGAUUGUGUAUUGUUUCCACAAAACCCUGAUGACACCGAAGUAUCUCCUUUACCCGAUUUAGUUCGACCUCUGUCUGCAGACACCCCAACAGCUAAUGAAGAAGUUCUGGUGGUUCCUGUGACUGAGAGCAGGAUCAGUACAAAAGUUCUAACCUUUGCCACAGACUUAAGCAGUCCAUGCCAACGGAAGAAGCAACACCGGGAUUCAGUGUAUAUCGAAACAAGGCGCCUUUUCAGGAAAUCAUACAUGGAAGCUCUGCAGAACCCCAUGCAACUGGGCUUCAGUUCUGAGGAGUCUAUUGUUGAGGAAGCCAUGGAUCAUAAGACUGAAGUGAUCACUAAUGGAAGGCCAAGAUUACGUACGAACAGAGCUGGUGAGAAUCAGAACUGUAAGCAUGACCAAUGUGGCCAUCAGUUGAAAACUAAAGGAGAGAAUGAGGAAACUAUAAGCAGCCAGCAAAGUCAAGACCGAAACGGGCCUGCGACAAUAGCAGAGCGUUGUUCUGUCACUGACAGUAAAACCUGCCGCAGGAGAUCCAAGUCCUUGGAUUUGACCUCCAAGAACUUACAGAGCAAAGCACUAAGGACGAGAUUCUCCUCCGGGGAUUCCUCAAAAAGUCCUAAGAAAGUAAUAAAUGGAAACUCAGGGGAGCUAGGGAAACUGGAGCCUGAUGGGUGUUUGGCCAAUACUGGGAGUGGGUCGGCCUCUCCAGCAGGUUCCUCCCAGAGUUGUGUGGUUGAGAUGCAGAGGAGGAGCAGCUGCCAAGCAGUUUUAAACAAUACGUGGGAAGCCGCAGAGAUUCCUCCUCCAGCACCUUGCCCUCCAGCCUCAGCGCAGGCCCAGGGCUCCACCCAAGCCUGCAACAGCCUUCCAACAAAGGCCGCGGAGGUCAAUGUGAACUUACUGCAAUCGGGAGUCGCCCAGUUACCAGGGAACAGAGACAAAGCUAAUCGAGCUGUGAUCCAGAUCUGUUUACACAAUGUAAUAUGGAUGAGCCAAAACUGGCCCAGCACAGAGCUGACCCAUAUACUGCUGUACUACUACACCAUUCCAAGGAAGGAAGUGCGUGAGCUUGGACUGACGAUAUUAGUGGAUGCUCGCAGAUGCUCUCCCACUCUUACCCUCUUCAGAGCGUUUACUGCACUGCAGGUUGCCAUUCCAAAUGCCAUUAACUCGGUGCUGAUUUUGGUAGAAAAGGAUUCGACAUUCAGACCUGAAAGGGACCCGCUUGUUCAGUAUGAAAUAUUGUCAUCGCUAAAGGCUCUUCACAAGCACAUUGAUGGCAGUCAAUUGACGCAGGAAUUUUCUGGAAUGUUUCCUUAUGAUCACAAUGACUGGAUUCGCUUCCAUAUGAAGUUGGAGCCAUUUAUGAUGAACUGUCGAGGGGCUCUAAUAUACCUGAAGAAUUCCAUCAACAGUCUAAAUGUCAACAGAGUGCCGAGCACAGAACAGGAAGUCACUUGGCUCAUCAACCAACAUACAAGGAUAAUGAAAUCUGUGCUGGAAGAUUCUCGGCUGGUGGGCUUGCGUCUGGAAGGUGGGACUAUUCUUGCUAGGAUUAGAAAAGAUGAAUUCUCAGACACUGAUGACUACAGGGAUGCCAUGGACACUAUCACAAUGCUGUAUAAUCAGGUGGAUGAAGAGGUCCAUAGGUUAGUCAUACUGUCCAACAAGUGCCUGCAGCAGCUGGAGAUCCUUCUGCAGCUCCGAAGAUUCGAGGAGGGAAGUAGCAAGAUCAGACACUGGGCUGACUGCGAGAGAGAGAAAUACCUUGUGCAGGUGGACUGUUUGCCACAUUCCCUGGAAUCACUCAGACAAAUGCAAGAAAAGUAUAACAUCUUCUACAGCCAGGCUGUGCAACAGUACAAAAGGGGCAUGCAGUUGGUCAAAGAUGCUGGCCAUCUGAACGGUCAAACGCACAAAGAGCUACGAUACCUGGGUGAAAAAGUCGAAGGUUUCAAGCAGUUUCUGAGUAACUUCAGCAACCGAGUGGAAAAGUGGAGAACAGAUUUGGACAACAUAAUUAAUUUGCAUGAAUUUUAUGAGAGUGCUGACCAGUGGGUUUUGCACUGCAACGAUUACUUAAGGCGGUUGAAAGUGGACGAGCAAAGCACCUUAGAAUAUAUGACAGCUGCAAUUCAGAGGUUGGAAGGAUACCACCAGGAGGCCAUCAAAUUCAAUGCAGAAAACUUCCAGGAGAUGAACGAGAUGGUUCUUGGCCUUGGCAGUGCUAGAGAAUUGAAACAGUGGAACAUCCAGUGGGUGAAGUGCCAACAGACAAGGCACCUCUUGGAAGAUGUCUUGGCCGCAGCAAUCAGAAUCCACGAGGGUCACAGCAACGACUUGGCCACUAAGAUAAACUCUGAAGAUGAUGGUCCCCGGACGAGCGGUGAGUUUGACACCGAAGGAUCUGAUGAGCUUGGAGACUCUUUCUCUCAAAAGGAGGCAGAGAGUAUGGAGAAUGGUGUGUGGCCCGAUGACCCAGUGCAUCAGCAGGAACACGAUCAGGUCUUUGUGGUGUCAGAAAGCCCCAUGGCGUUACUUUAUGAAGAGUCCUGUCAAAGUGUCGAGACGUCACCUAAAUUUAGCACCACCUCGCUAUCUUCGAAUUCGUCUGGUGGUAGGUUAUGCGGCGGCAGCAUCUUCUACAGAGAUCUCGACAACUGCACCAUGAGCUCCUCUGCUACCUCCUGCCACUCGGAGCCUGCCUGCUCACUGGCACCUCGGCACAAGAAGCAGCCGUUGAAAAAGAUCAUGAGGAAGGCCCAGAGCUUUGAGUUGUGGCAACGGGAGAGUAGCCACAGUGAGGCCGGCAGGCACGGCAACACCGGAGUUUACAUCAAAGGUUUGGAGGUGGUCAGCAGUGUGGUGGCUGAUAACAGGAUUUCCAGAUCAGAGCUAAAAAGCCCAGUGUUGACCAGGACUCGUAGCUUACCGAUAUCUGCCAGGAUGCACCAUCCACACACAGAAGAAGCUAAGCGAACUGGGAGUAAGCUGCAGCAUAUAAUGGAUGAAAUGAUCAGCACAGAGAGGGAGUAUGUCAAAUCCCUUGGAUAUAUCAUAGACCAUUACUUUCCAGAGAUGGAGAGACUGGACUUGCCCCAGGAUCUGCGUGGAAAGCGCACUAUCAUAUUUGGGAAUCUGGAGAAACUCUAUGAUUUUCACUGCCAGUACUUUCUGAAGGAACUCGAGAACUGCACCAACGGUCCACUUCAAGUCAGUCACUGCUUCCUCAAACAUGAAGAGCAGUUUGGAAUGUAUGCGCUGUACAGCAAGAACAAACCCCAGUCUGACGCUCUCCUUACUAGUCAUGGAAACACUUUCUUUAAAAAUAAGCAGAUGUCACUGGGUGAUAAGAUGGAUCUGGCCUCCUACUUACUGAAACCCAUCCAGCGGAUGAGCAAGUAUGCACUGCUGCUGAAGGAUAUGAUCAAACAGUGCUCCAAAACCCAAGAGCAGGAACUCUCUGAUCUCCAAGCGGCUGAGGAAAUGGUUAAAUUUCAGCUACGUCACGGAAACGACUUGCUAGCAAUGGAUGCUAUUCGUGGAUGUGAUGUGAAUCUCAAAGAGCAAGGGCAACUUAUGUGUCAAGAGGAAUUUAUUGUUUGGUGUGGGCGCAAGAAGUACCUGAGGCACAUUUUCCUGUUUGAGGACCUUAUUCUCUUCAGCAAAACAAAAAAGAUUGAAGGAGGAUAUGAUAUCUAUGUUUACAAGCAAUCAUUUAAGACUGCAGAAAUUGGAAUGACUGAGAACGUUGGGGAUAGUGGACUGCGCUUUGAGAUCUGGUUCAGGAGGAGGAAAUCUCAAGAUACAUAUAUCUUUCAAGCCAGCUCUUCUGAGGUCAAAUUAACCUGGACCAGUGUCAUAGGAAAAAUCCUGUGGCGACAAGCUCUGAGAAACCGAGAGCUGAGAAUGCAGGAGAUGGUGUCCAUGGGAAUAGGGAAUAAGCCAUUUAUGGACAUCAAGCCUAGUGAAGCUGCCAUUAGUGACCGGGCGAUUGACUACAUCAUGAAGGGUACGGAAUCCAGAACACGAGCCUCCAUCGCCGUGUCUUCGUUUGACCAUUCCACGUCCUUCAAGAGGCCUCAUUCGACUAUCUCCAACAGCAGCACCUCCUCUUCCAGCAGUCAGUCAUCAUCCUCCAUACUGGGAACUCUUAACCUUCACAUGUACUCAAGUCCAACGCAUUCCAAUCCUCAUUGGACACCUUUCAACCAAUGGUCAUAUGACAUUGGAACCUGCAUCGAAGAAGAUGAAGUGGAGCAAGAGAUUGGAAGUCAACCAUCAAUGACUCUGAACAAAAUGUGCCAUGGACCUUCUUACCGACCCAGUGAAGAAGUCAGAUUCCACUCCAAGGUAUUGGUGCCCUUGAACUGCUCUCUCUUGAUUUGAUGGGGGGUCAAUCAGCCACCAUAUACACGAACAGAAAUUGUCACUUGGAAAUCCAAAAUAGGAUGGAUAAAGAAGGGCCGAAGCACUCACCUGACAAGGAGACUGCAUUUGCGUGACAUUCCACCUGAUGUUGAAAGUGGACAUUAGUGACAAACUAAAUGAGAAGUAAUGAUAGUGUAUGUACAUACAUUUAAUAAUGGUUAGUGUUUAUUUUUACAGCUUACCUUUAAUUUUUUGUACUGCGUUCUGUAAAUAACAAGGUGCCUUCUCUGCAUGACAUAUUUUCUUGAGGAAUGCGUGGGGUUGUAGCUUUGAAACUGCACAACUGUAAAUGUAGAUUAAGUCUUCACUGCAGCUAGUGUACAAAUCAAAUUGUGUAGCAGCAUCUAUAUGUGUAAAUAUUUAUUUUUAUUGCUAGUUUUUUUUUCCUCCCAAAAUUAUGUCUAUUAUAUCUAUAUCCUCCAUGGGUAUCAAGAAUAAUGUGAUCAAGAGAGAUGAUUUAAAAUUUCACUCUUUUAUAUGUUGUGUUUGUCUCAGUAGGAGAUUGAUGUUGCAUUGUUGAAUUGAGCCAAUUAUAUUUUGUACACUUUUUUGACUGGAGAUGGCUGCAAUGAAGUUUCUUUCAAUAGCAGUUACCUCCAUUAUAAUCAAAUCUGACCAUCUUAAGAGAUCAGAUACCAACAUUUAUUCAAUGAGCCAGGACGCAAGCUACAAAUAUUUUGUGAAUGUUAUAAAUAUCUCAUUUGCUUCUUUUCCAUUCUCUAAUGACUUACUAUAAAUGUCUUUGCGUGUUUAUGUGCCAAGUCUUCAAUGCCAUUAAAAACCUUGAACCACUUGCUUUCAUUAUGUUCUGACAAAAGAUCUACCCAUUUACAUAUAUUUAAUCAUAUGCAACUGAUAGAAAUAAAAAAAAGUGAGCAAAUUCAAUCAAGUGAUCCUUUUAUGACCAGGCAAAUACUGUCUUCUGCAAUCUCAACAUCAAUUUUAUGCCUUCAUGUUUUUACCAAAUAAAAUUAAUUUCUGCCUUUCAA